AUGAUUGGUAGCCUUGCCGCUCACCUGGGCAAGAAAGAAAAUGACGAGAGUAAUCAACACCUCAUUCAACACGUCAUAUGCUUGGCAGCUGAAAAGAAGCAACCAUGGUUCCUAGAUAAUACGAUCUUCCCUCAUUCUCUCAUUUCGGAUAGGGGCAGGAAAGCCUCCGAGGCCACUCCUUAUACAUACGCACAAACGGUGGUCAGCCACUCAUUGCGGCGAAAAGAGAACUCUCUCUUCCCUGGCAUAAACUAUAAGCCAUUUGCCGAUUAUCUUUCCCGGUCUUCUACAAAUGACUUUAUUGUCGCUGGCAGAGGGACGGGGAACUACCACUUAGACGGGCUUCGAGAUGGACAUAUCUUUGCAUCAUUGCAAGAUUACCCGUUCUCUGCUGAACACAGCUCAAAUCAGAGCGACAUAUGCCGAACCUACGAUUUCGACUCCGCACUUCCGGGACAGGAGGCCCUUGCUCGACAGAAUGAAAAUCUCUCAUCGAGUGCACAGCUCUUGUUCCUUCGGGGCUUUCCAUCGCCAGAAUGGCUGAGGCUGAUUGGCUGCUCGUAUCGCGUAGACCCCGAGUUCUUUCGCCGCCACCUUGAUUUUCUUCGACCGGAGGAAGGUCAUUUUGAUUUGCCAAAUCUCCCCUCCGUGUCUAAGAAUAUCGUGAAGAUUCCGUUGAUGACGAUCGGCACGCGCAACUUCCGAGAUUCAUCUGCUUGGGGAGAGUUUGGUGAUCUUCUAGAACCCGAGCGGAGACGUGCCUUCGCAAGUGUGAGGACACAUUUGUCUCAGAUGGCGAAAGCGGCAAGGGUUGGCCAGUCGAUUAUCCGGAAAUUUUUGAUUUUUGAUGAACAAUACUUCGCUAUUGAACAAGAGGUGUCAAUUUGCGUUCAGUCGAGGCGAGAGGGGUGGACUGGAGUCAUUUUACUCGACUGCGGUCGUGAUAUAAAGGAACUGGCCAACGAGUCGUCACCGUGGCUCAAAGGAUCUUCGCAGGCAUUUACGUCACCCUCGAUGUUGCCAAACACGUGUAUACCUGUUUAUCAAUUCAAACCAAAAAUGGCAUUAAAGGGCCAAAGUCUAGAUGGCAAACUAGACACGGAUAAUCACAGUGAAGCAGCAAGUAACACAUACCAAAGCGCUUCUUCCCUCUACAAACACUACGGUAGAACGUUAGAUCAGGAUGCUCUCAAAAUGGAUGCUUUCUACGCCUUCACAGAAUUGUUCGCAUUCUCUGCAUUUAGCGAAAGUCAAUUCCUCAACAUGGUCGAGCAAACAGUUACUCGAAGCAGAGAAACACUGCAUACAUCGUUUCUGUCACCCCCACAGCCCCGAUCCAUGCAGUCGACGCUUGAGAUGCUCCAGUUUGCAAAAUAUGUGGCAGAUGAUCAUAUUCAAAGGCUUCACGGUACCAUUUCAUGUAUCAAGAGUAAAGGAGGACCGACGUGGCCACGGACUACCGAUACAAAGCACAAGGAGAUCGCCGACACCGCUGCGUCACAAUUACUGGAAGACUAUGAGGAACUACUGCAACGUGCCCAGCGACUAUCGCAAAGAUGCGCAGACCAAACAUCACUCCUAUUGAAUAAUUCAAUGCUCGCUCAGUCGAAACGGAACAUUUGGCAGGCCGAGAGGGUAGCCCGAUUAACGCUUUUGGCCUUCCUUUUCAUUCCUCUCAGUUUUACGGCCUCUAUCUUUGGCAUGAAUGUAAUGGAAUUGGAGAAUGGCGACGGACCGCGAUUGAGUAUUUGGGUUUGGGUUGUGGUGUCAGUGCCAACGUUUGUCGUUGCCUUCUUGGUCUGUUUUUGGGACAGUGUGUGGGGUUAUUUGAAGAUGAUUCUGUCGCAUGCUCUACAUGGAAAAUGA